UUCCAGGUCCCCCAGGUACUUUGAGUAUUUGGACUUGUCUGCCAAUUCCUCCAGCACCACCAGCAAUUUAUACCCAGCAGAGCUCACGGCCUGCACAGUGGCCAGAAAUGCCAGCAGCAGAAAAGAAAGAAUCCACCUCAUAGUCGUUGUGGUGUUUUGUGUUGUUACUUGAACGUCGACGCUACGCUGAAAGCUGUGGCCUAGAGCUUUAGGAAACGUAUGCAAUUGCCAAGACCUGUAAUCGGCAUCGGGCAUCGGACAUGGUUGAUCCGCCCGAAGCUUCCACGACGACGACCUUGACCCGGAACUUCAGAGUCGCGCACCAAUCUACAACACCAGAAAAUACUUGAAGACGGAUUCUCUGGUAACCUUGGCAAUUGGGUUAGUUAACUCUUUGUAUUGCCUGCGGACGCUAGCUAACCCCUUCUCACCAGCUAAAUUCAUCCAUUAUGUCCGCCAGACCCCAAUUCUUCUCGCAGCCGUUGCGCUACCUACGAUGGGCACAUGUCGCAAAGCCUGCCAUUUUCUACUCGAUAGUCAUUGGGUCUUUGGGUCCAGUCGUCAUGCUCGCUGCCCCACCUCUACGACUCAGAUUUGGUGACGGUCCAAGACCACAGAUUCCAAUGACCUAUCCAAGUGCGUCCCCUGCGUCAACGUCAUGAUGGCCAUACUCGGGAGAGAUUCACUAAUGUGAGAAUUCUACAGUUCCUUCUGGCCCAAGAAAGCAGCUUAAGGGAUAUGACGACGAAGAGUGAUUGAAUCGGGCAUGUGUGGGACAAUUGGGCGUGGAUGAGAUGGAGGGGUGUGCAUAUUGGCGUUUACGAGAAUGGAGAACAUUACAAAGUCAAAUACCGUUCUGAGUACUGUCCAGUUGCCAUCCUCGAGGAAUGAAAAUCGAAGACUUUCGUCAAGCCACCGGUACACAUACUCUUCAUAUAUCAACCCAGAAGGUUUGUGUUGCUACUUCAUUGUAGGAUUGUAUCUAUUUUUUUCUGACCUAUGUCAAAUCCAAUCAUAUCUCGAAUCUCAGUAGUUCUAGGUGUCGAAUUCGGCAGUCCCAAGGGAAAAGAAAUGAAUAGGAUGGAAGAGUACUUUGGGUAAGUCCGAUUUCGAGUUUUAAGCUCACUUUAUAUCAUAAAUCACUUGAGAGCAUAUAUUGUUUUGAGUCAUCUAAACAUUUCGUUUCCAUUCCAUCCAACCAUGAAUUCCAUCAUCAAUAUUAUUAAUCAUCAUCAUCAUCAUACAUCAUAAAAAAACAGAGAAAAAAGUACAGGGGUAUAUAUAGGGUACAAAAAAAAUCAAAUUUAAAGACAAAGGAAAAAAAGACAAGAAUGGUUCGAACAGACCUACCUGGUCAUUCAUUCAAACCAUCGCCCUAGGCGUGCCCGGCGUAGGACCCGGUUGUAACCUCAAAGGCUUCAUCCCCUUCCACAUCGCUUGCUUCCUCUUCUCUUUUCGCGGAAGAUAGAAGCCACGGUAGAAGCUAAUCGCCAACCCCAGAAUCAACAGGACGGAAACAACAAGGGCGACGACGAGGAUGAGGACCUUGUCGCUUCCUUGCUGGAUCUCUUUGAGCUUCUCGGGGUCCUCGCUUCGUGUGGGUGCACUUGCGGUAGCGGAGGAUGGGGAUGAGGAGGCUGUUUGGGAUGCGAGCGAGAAGGGCGUGGGGGAUGUGGUUCUUCGCGGUACGGAAAAGGUGCUUGUUGCGGUUACUGGGGGUGGGCGGAUGGUGGUUAUGGAGCUUAGGGUUAUAGCGCUGGGAGUAGGUGUACUCGAAGCGCUACUAACUUUACUUGAUAUGCUCUGGGUAGAAGACAUUCGAACGCUACUUGGACCACUUCUUUGAGCAUUACUGCUACUCUGGCCCGAAGAAACACGAACGCUACUAGAUCCACUACUUUGAGCCAUGCCGCUACUCGGCGUCACUGUUACAGUGACUACCUGAGUAGUAACACGAACACGACUCGAAUCACUAGCUGGCUUGCUGCUGGAUGGGAUGACCGUAACAGUAACCACAGGCGUAGGAGCGAAGACCGUUACCGUCUUUGGCGAAGCCCCUUGCACAGUUGUUAGUACCAUUUACAAACAGCGGCUUGGAGUGGUUUGUGAAGG